CAGGCUUUUCCUUCGCUCCAGCCCCUUACAACGACAAUGAAGUCGGAAGAGUCGGUACCUGACCCCAGUGAUAGGGCCAGGUCUUCCACGGAGACUGGCCAUUGUGGGUCGGUGCAGGAAGACGCGGAGAAAGAGUGUUCUCCUAAAGCUGUUCAGUCACUAUACUGUAUCUUAUCUGAGAAGGAGAAGAUCUUUACAAUAUGUGUCUGUUCGCUGGUGACUUUCUUGGGUCCGGUAGCAGGCAGCAUGUAUCUUCCGGCUAUUGGUUCGCUGGCAAGCGAUUUACAUGUGUCGACUGCGAAAAUCUAUCUGACUCUUACCACCUACAAGAUCUUUCAAGCCGUGACCCCAUUAUUGACGGCCGGCCUAUCCGAUCAAACUGGCCGUCGUCCCAUUCUCCUCUCCUGUCUUUUCGUCUUCAUUUGCACUGGUAUCGGGCUUGCUUCUCAGACUAACUAUGCCGCCGUUCUUGUUUUACGCUGCGUCCAAGGCAUUGUUGCCGGUACUAGCACGAUCGUUGCCUUUGCUUCUAUUACCGACCUUGUUACCCGGGGCGAGCGGGGGAAAUAUAUUUUCUACUCUUCUAUUGGAAUGACGAUUGGCCCCUCGAUUGGACCAACUCUGGGAGGCCUUGUGACUCAAUACCUCGGAUGGAGAAGCGUAUUCUGGUUCAUGUCCAUUACUGCUGGAGUCUUACUCCUCAUAAUCCUGUCAGUGCUCCGCGAGACUUGUCGAGCGGUCGUGGGAAAUGGCAGUCUCCCUCCUCAACCUUGGAACAAAUGUGCACUUCAGCUUGUCAAUCCAAGCCGCCACGAGCCCGAGCCCAAGACAAGAAUUAUAUUCAGGAAACGCCUGGGAGUUCUUGGCACUCUGAAAAUUCUCCACGAUCGACACGUCGCUCUUCUUGUUCUUUGCAGCGCGACUUGUUUCUGCACCUCGACUGCCAUUUUCAAUGGCCUGGCGUAUCUACUUGAGCAGAAGUAUCAUUUGGAGCCACUUUAUGUCGGUCUAUGUUAUCUUCCGUUCACCCUCGGCAGCUGCACGACUCGGUGGACCGCUGGAACACUGGCAGAUCGUUUAUUCAAGUACUAUGCUCGUCAAGUUGGGGAGGACAUCCAACCAAACCGACAAUGUCCGACGCAAAUCCAGCGUAUUCCUCUUGAGAAAGCUCGUCUGGUGCUUGCAUUACCUUUUGUCUAUUUUUACACUCUUUGCAUUAUUGCUUUCGGUUGGGUUAUGAACUACAAUGUUCAUCUAGCAGGUCCUCUGGUCUUGUUAUUCUUUUGCGGAAAUGCCAGCUCGGGCGUUAAUAACACCCUCAGCAUGCUGGUCGCAGAUUUGAACGUCACGAGGCCUGCUUCUGCCCGUGCUGUUAUGAGUAUGGUCAACUGGCUAGCUUCCGCUGGAGCGUCUGCGGCGAUCAUACCUCUGAUUAAUGCCAUUGGAAUGGGUUGGCUGGGGGUGCUUCUAGGGGGGAUGAUGAUUCUUGUCUCGCCCGCUUUGUGGGCUUUAUAUUUCUGGGGGAAAGGGUGGAGAGAUAGAAAAGCUUCAGCUGUGGAAUAAGGCUGUUAUUCUCGAACAUACUAGAUCGGUACAUAGAAG